AUGUGUGGAAUCUAUCUUUCUGAAGUACCAUCAGACGAGGAAAUAAAAUACUAUAUUGCCUGCAGAGGAAAAGACUUUCAAUCAGAAGCUGUCUGCGGCAACUUUCACUUAUUUUCCAGUGUUCUUUCUAUCAGAUCCUCAGUACCUCAGCCAUUCGUCGAGUUUUCAUUUACUUUUUUGUAUAACGGAGAAAUUUAUAAUGAUGAGGAGAGCGACACACUCUUUAUUGCCAGAGCCGUCAAGGAUAUCCGUCACAAAGAUACAAAUGAAAAUGUAGAUGGAAUCAAUGGCGCCUUUACAUUUGUUAAUGAGUUGUAUAAAAGAUUAAAAGGACACGAAGUAUUACUAGAGAGCGAGUUCGCACUUGUGAUAACAGAUGGAAAGAUUGCGUGUUUUUUUAAGGACGAUGUUGGAAAAAGAAGUCUAGGCUACAGGUUAAGCCCAUUUACCCUAUCAUCUGUAAACUAUGACAUCGAGGUUGAUCCUAUGAAGUUUUAUAUUUAUGAUAGCAGUACAAAGAAAAUUUAUUGGAGAUUGAAAGAGCAGACUGGCAUUGUUAGGGAGUAUUUAAAUAGAAUGGGCUCAAUUAAAGAGUACUUAUUUUCAGAAAAAUACAAAAAAGAGUAUUCAUUUUUGACAGAAUAUGAAAAUAUCAUCACAAGUAAUACAACUGGGAUGCACCAAGCAGAUAUAUCCUUAAGCCCAGGGCCUGGAUUGUGCAGAAUAGGUUAUGUUUCGGUGUUGCACAGUUUGUUGGAAAGCUCGUUUAAGACCAGAAGGUGCUAUGGCAAUCCUGUCAUUUUCUUUAGUGGCGGCAUUGAUUCAUUAAUUUUAGCAAUUUAUACACAUCUGACAAUGGAUUCUGAGAAGACAAUUUAUCUGAUAAAUACAGCAACUGAGGGGUCUUUUGAUUGUAUCCAAGGCAUUAAAUCAUACCAAGAUCUACAAUCCACAUUUCCAAACAGAAACUUCGUGUUCGUUGAAAAUAAUCUUAAAUUGGAUGAAAUUAAAAAACACAGGGCAGUAGUGAAAUACUUGAUGCAUCCAAAAAAAGGAUGGAUGGACUUUAAUAUUGCCAGUGUUCUUUAUUUCACGGCGAUGUGUGCCUCAGCAUAUGGCAAAGUUGUUUACUUGGGAUCGGGUGCUGAUGAAAUCUUUGGAGGAUACAACAAAUAUAUCAAUGACAUACGAGACAGGAAUACUGUGAAAUAUAGCAGAGUUAGAAGCCAUAUGUUGUUUGAUUUAUUUACAAUCUCUGCCCACAAUAUUGCAAGAGACGAUCGAGCUAUCAGCCACUGGAAUGUUGAGGCUAGGUUUCCAUUGCUUGACUAUAAAAUUAUUGAAUUUUCCCUUUCGUUGCCAACCAGUUGUUUUAUAGAUGAGAGAUUUCCAGAAAAUAAGGCGAUACUGAGAAACUUGCUAAGAUUUCAUGGCUUUGAUAGGGCAGCUGGCACGCCUAAAAAGGCUAUGCAAUAUGGAACAGGAAUGAGUAGAUACGAAAGCCAGAUUCUUCCGUAG